CGUUAAUUUUCGUGUACGGAAUUUUACGUCACAAUUUCGAAUGUAAAUAGAAAUGUGACGAUUCUGUGACGGACAUGUGAAAUUUCAAAUAAAAUAAAUACGAAAAUGUUUACAUGGAACUGAUGGUCCUAAACAGUGCACGCGAGUGGAAAAUUGAUAUUCAAGCUGCCGUCCUUGUCGUCGUGGGACUGGAAGGGAGAACUAACGAAACACUGAGAGCCAAAAUCUAAGACGCUUUUGCAAAAUUUGGAUGGGGUUGAACUUCGUGGGAUCUCGAACAACCUCGAAAUGCGUUGCAACUAUGUCUGCUUGAGAGGGAUGGAAGCUUCAUUUCGCCCGUGAAAACUUUAAGGAACAAUUAUUAACUUUAGGCAUCUAAAACUUCGGCUCCGUUUAGUGUAUUCCUAUGUUGCGCGAUUUUUUACUUUCGCCGCUCGCGUCGUCUCCGGAAACCGCCGCGGUUUUUCAUUAAAACUUCCGCCGUUAUCGCGAAAACAAAUUUAAAUUCAAAUUAAUACCGAGCAAUAUUUCUUUCUUUUUUCCGGCAUGUUUCCCACUUAACGAAGAUGGGCAUGAAAAGCAGAGGUGUACUGAGGCUUUUUGUUCUUAUUUUUGGGAUGAUCGGUUUUCGUGUGCCUUCGUGUGUCGCGGAUAAUGGUUUUAUGAAAAACGCGAAAAUCAGUACGAGGAUCGUCCAGACGCGGUACGGCAGACUGCAAGGGUUGUUGCUUCCCCUGGAUUCGCAUCGAUACCUAAAACCUAUAGAGGUGUUCCUGGGGGUGCCAUACGCAACGCCGCCGGUCCAGUCGAAUCGUUUCAGUCCCACCAGGACUCCUUCCCCUUGGGACGGCGUUCGAGUUUCGGAUAAAAUGGGGCCCGUCUGCCCCCAAAAGCUGCCCGACAUUUCGAACGAAACCGCCGCUCUAGAGAGAAUGCCCCGGGGACGUUUAGAAUACCUGAAAAGGUUGUUGCCCUAUUUAAGGAAUCAAAGUGAAGACUGCCUCUAUUUGAAUAUUUAUUCACCCGCUCAAGUUUCAGGUGAAGUUCGCCAUCCUGUGAUAGUCUAUGUACAUGGCGAAUCAUUUGAAUGGAACUCCGGGAAUCCGUACGAUGGAAGCGUUUUGGCAUCCUACGCAGAUCUAGUUGUAGUUACAUUAAACUAUAGGUUAGGUAUACUAGGUUUUUUAAAUGCCAAUCCGGCCCCUCACCUCAAGGCCCGCGUUGCAAACUACGGCUUGAUGGACCAAAUAGCAGCCCUCCAUUGGAUACAACAAAAUAUAGCCUUAUUUGGAGGUGACGCUAACAACGUCACCCUGGUGGGUCAUGGUUCCGGUGCCGCUUGUAUCAAUUUCCUUAUGAUCUCACCGACUGUGAUGCCGGGUCUAUUUCACAGGGCGAUACUUUUAUCAGGGUCCGCAUUAUCGUCUUGGGCAUUGGUUGAAGACCCAGUAAAUUAUGCCGUAAAGUUGGCAAAAGAAGUAAACUGCACGAUUCCCGAUGACGUUGGAAAAGAUCAUGAGCAAAUAGUCGACUGCCUUAGGGAGACGUCAUUGGAAGAACUCCUGCAGGCUGACGUGAUACCACCUGCCUAUUUAAGCGCUUUCGGUCCAAGCGUCGAUGGUGUUGUAAUAAAAGCGGAUUUUGCUAAAGAGCUAGUGACGUACUUCAAGCCACAAGACCUUCAAAGUUUUGUCGGUCCAGUGAACGCCAACAUGAAACGGAGCGAAGCUACAUUGGUACCUAGGGGAAGUAAUCCCUACGAUCUGCUCUUCGGAGUAGUCACAAGCGAAGCUUUGUGGAGAUUUUCAUCGAACGAUAUCCAGGCGGGUUUCGAAGGUGAACGCAGGGACAAAAUUAUAAGAACUUACGUGAGAAACGCGUAUACGUAUCAUUUGAGUGAGAUUUUUUUUACGGUGGUUAACGAGUAUACGGAUUGGGAACGAACCGUGCAGCAUCCAAUAAAUACUCGAGACGCGUGUGUUUCGGCUCUUAGUGAUGCGCAAUUUGUAGCGCCGUUAGUGCAAACUGGUGACUUGUUGAGUGCAAAACCUUCGCAGCCCGGACAGGAACCUGCGGGACCGAAAACUUUCUUUUAUGUGUUUGAUUACCAAACUAAAGAUGGGGAUUAUCCUCAGAGAAUGGGUACCGUCCAUGGAGAAGAGUUGCCAUACAUAUUCGGAGCACCUCUCGUCGAGGGAUUCAAUCAUUUUCCAAAAAACUACACUAGAUCUGAACUGGCACUGUCCGAAGCAUUCAUUAUCUACUUGGCAAAUUUUGCUAAAACUGGUAAUCCAAACGAGCAUCACAAGCAGGAGCCCGUCCUUGCUGCCUCCAGAGAGCGAAAUAGGUUUCGGUCGAUAGUGUGGGAUGAAUACGACGCAGUUCAUCAAAAAUAUUUAGAAAUAGGUAUGAAGCCGCGCAUGAAAAACCACUUUCGUGCACACCAACUCAGCGUUUGGUUGCGUCUUAUUCCUGAACUUCAUCGUGCCGGCAUGGAAGACGUGGUAGCUAGACACAAUCUCUUCAGAAAUCACAACAACGCUGAUCUCUAUGACGGUCCAGUACGGCCGGACCCAUUAUCGAGAGUUAGUUACUACGAUCCGACCAUGGAACUCGUUAGAAAACGUCCAAAUUCUACGAUAAACACUCUAGAAACACCCACAACUAUGGACACGAUUGUUACCACUUGUGUUAAUGUAGUUUCCUCCGGUAACUACAAUCCCCAAAUUUUCCAAAAUCAAAACAACCAAACCGACACGCUCGCUUCAUUGGAGGCUGCCGGAUACGCGGCCUACAGCACUGCCUUGAGCGUUACUAUAGCUAUAGGGUGUUCUUUGUUGAUCCUAAACGUGUUAAUUUUCGCCGGAGUAUAUUACCAGCGCGACAAGACCAGGAUGGAAGUGAAAAAUUUGCAGCAACAGCAAAACAGAAAUCAAGCCACUUUCGAGACCAUUUCCAAGCAUCAACAUUAUCAUAUCGGGCAUUCGCAGAGUUCAAACGUUAUAGUGGACGUUGAACAAGACACUUCGGCAAUGAUUUUAGCGGCCAAUGCACACCAAGACCUCCAUGCCAUGAACAAAGUCCAGCAGCAUUUGUGUCCUAGUAAUAUUUCCAAUACUUUAAAGGCGCCUCCCCCAAGUCCCAACGUUAUGCAAAAUUGCAUGACGUUGCCCAAAAAUUCAUCGAUGCAAAAUUACUACAGUCAGGGUUGCAUGACGCUUCCAAAAAACGCAUCGCUAAUGAACAACACAGCCUGUGUGAUUGCAGAAAUGAAACAGCAGAUGACGCAGCCUCCAAAUGGAAAUGCGGUAUUGCCCUUGGCUGUCCCGAAACCUCCGCCCCCUCCCCGCACCAAGAGUCCAGAAAGUCAGCCGUUGCUGAUUCCGGCGCAAAAUAGUGGCGCCAAAGGUAAUAUAAGACUGCCCCAAGCAGCAAUGAGUGAGAUGCGCGUGUGAUAGUGUUGUUGCACAGUGACGGAUUUGGAAUGUUGCACCGUUGUACGCGAAACACGGUAACGUGUCAGUGGUUCGUCGAAUAUACCACUGAAAAUUAUCAUUUUAAAGUAAUUUUUUGAUUCCAUGUAAGUGUAUAUAGCAAAUCUCCGACUUCAACUUCUAUUUUAUAUAACUAAAUUAAUUUGGGAUUAUACGAUUUAUUGCUGUUGAAACUCGAUACAUUCUUUUGGGAUUUUUUGCCCGUAUUGCGGCAAAAUGUAAAUUUAAGUUUUAAACAGCUAUGCCGAAACCACCAAAUAUUUUGAGCGAACAUCGUAACCACAUAUCGGCUAUUUUACUUAAGAAAGUGAUGGAGGUAUAUUCUUAAUAAAACAAAUCAUACAAUAUAUGCAGGGUAUUUCAGAAUAGGCUGCUGGCCCUAAAGCGAGCGAUCGAAGCAGAGAAGUUCAAAUAAACCUACUUAACCAACUUUUACUACUACUACGACUACUGAAACAACUUCUAACAUAUUUUUAUAGUAUUUAUUAUAACACAAAUUUCAUAUUUAAAUCCUUAUAUCACAGAUCACAGACUCUGUGAGAAAUUUCCAAUAAGGAAAAAAUACGAGUUUUUUUUUAGACACUUUAACAUUAAAAAUUUUAAAGCGGAAAUUGACUAUUGACGUUAAGACGGCGAGUGCUAAAUUUAUAGAAAAUAUUUAGAAAUUUAUUAAAGUUUUGCUAAAAUAGUGUCAUUGUUAAAAAUUUAAGGCCCUAAAAUUCAAGAGUUUAAGUUUAAAUAGACCUAAUUGAACUGUUCAAUAUUAUCAAUAGGAUCAAUAUUAUCUUCUUAUCCUGAAACACCCUGUAUAAUUAGAUAACCGAUAAAUUUGGUUGAAUUUUCGUGGAAAUUAUUUUUCUGUUAUACCAGCGAAAAAUUUACUUUCUAUUUUUCAAGUUGGUUUUUCCAGUUUAAGUUUUAACACAAAUUUCCCAUUUUUUCCCAUUUUAUCAAAAGGUCUUUAUCCGAAUUUUUAGCAAAAGUCUCCAAACCAAAAUUUUUACUGUUUCGAUUACUACUCUACCAAAAAUCAGUAGGUCUAGAGAGAAAAUCGUUUGAUAUGCUUCUGUCCUAUUUUACAGUUCCAACAACCCGAUUCUGAUUCCAGUUUAUUCGUUUCUCUGUUUUAGCAACUUUGCAGAUUUUUAGCAUUUUAAUUAAGUGGGUUUACAAAAAUUAACUUUUCCGUAUUUUUACGUGUUCUUUUUUGUUAUUUUGCAUGUCACAAUUUAUUGGCAAAAUUUAACUAUGGUGUUCACCGGUCCAAAUUAGAAUGAAUUUUUGAUACAUUUUUAUUCGUUAUCAUCAAAGCAAACAGCCAAGUUAGUGUUUAUAAAUUUAAUUUGUAGGAAUAAUUAGAAACAGGAGCACCUCAUCUGAAGUUUCUCUAUCGGCCAGCGUACACAUGCAAUGAUUAGAAAGGAAAUUGACUUUUAAACAGUGACGAUCUUCUCUUAAAAAUGUAUUCGACUAAAAAUGCAGUAUUUAAUAAAUUAUUCUCUUAAAUCUUUACUAGAGAUAUUCAACCAUGAAACAAAGUCCAGUCCUUGUUUCGGAAGCGAUGCAAAAUUAUCAUCAGAACCAUUCCUUCUAAUUUUUGUAUCAAAUGUUUUAAAUUUGUAAUAAUAAUAAUACAGUUGUUUUUAAAUGCAUUGUUGAGUCCUGUUAUCGUAAUUAAUAAAUUUUAUGAGGACAAAAAGUGGUUGAAUUGUUGCUUUACCUUCAUUUCAAAUAUACCCUAAUCGGCUUUUCAACAAAUGUUUGUUUUGGUGUAAUAAAAAAUCAUUUCUUCCGAAAGAAUCCUUUUUAUAGAUAAAUCUAUCGAAAUUUGGGUUAUUAAUAUAAUACUAAUAAUAAAAAAUGUUUUUGCUAUUCGGCGUCUCAGCUAAAGAACUGAAAUUCAGUUGAACCGGAAAUGAACAUGUUUCAACAGCGGUUAACCUAUAUUGAGUCUUCCAAAAUUCAAAUAUCUCUCCUUAUGUCACUUCCAACCUAUUGGUGUAAUGAUCCGCAAUAACCAAAACGGCCCAUAUCGUGGUAUUUUUGAAGUGGAGGUAUCGAUUAAAAUAAUUUGUUUUUAACCGCAAUUAGUGUUUAUGUUUUGUUAUAUGCAUUUUUGUUCUUAAAUGAAUUCCUGAAUGGAUUCUAUCCCGCGGAGUAUUUUGUAUUAUUUUGCCGUAAUAUUUUCAACAUAAACUACAUCCCAUAAUUUUUGCGUAUUAGAUCUAGGAAGGAAAAGCCCGUUCUUACUUGCCUUUCUACUAACCUUCUGAUUCUACAUUGACUGGAACUCCUGAAUCUAGCGGUGCUACCCCCCUAUGUAAUUAUCUCACAUAAUUCGGUUACUGUAAUUCGUUUUGUUUCCCUCUUUAUUCCGCUAAAAUCGGAAUUGUAUAGAAACUUUUAUACUGCUUUAAGUGAACACGUAACGGUGUGCCAAAAACUUUGACGCGGUUCAGCAUUUGUUUCAGGCACGUGGACAAUCUUGUGUAUAAAGCGAAUGCAAAAUGUGUGCUAUUUCAAAUUUCAACGAAAAAUGAAUAAGAAUUUAUUAAUAGUAAAACUAUAUCUAUGUAAUUUAAAGCAGCGAUUAUUAGAAAAUUGUACAUAACACAAAGUUUUUUCGGUGAAUUUUGGUACACGUUUUGUGUGUCUGACAUGCAGGGCGAUGUCACGAAAUUCUGUAUGAGUUUUGUAUAUCGAACAGUGUAUUAUAAAUUAAU